AUCACAAACGUUGACGACGUUGGUCUUCUGACCCUGCAACUGAAGGAGCUCCAGGAUAGCAAUGUUAUUCAGUCAGUGUCUAUCGAUAGCGGUCCAACCAAAAAGAUGGGCUAUCGACGCAACCUACAGGUGCUACACAAAGUCGAGGAGUUACGUGGAGCCGACAACAUGAGGUCGCUCUCCCACGAACAGAAGCCCACUAUCGCCAUAAUCACUAAUCUGCUCUGCGAGAAGCUGGCGGUUGAUGCACUGAUGGAACGUAAAACCACCUACGUGCGGUACAAAACCGAAGGUGACUCAAACGUCUACACAAUUGGAUACAUUGGGAAACAAAAGGUGAUCUCAGUGAAGUUGCCUAUGGUCGGUCGCGAACUGCAAGCCAAGAUUUCCUCCGGCAGUAUUACCACACGCCUGCUUGGUGCGUUCCAGUCAAUUCAGCAUGUCCUUCUGGUUGGUGUCGGUGGCAGCGUGUCCCACGUCUACGAGUUUAACAAGCACUCGCGUCUUGGCGAUAUUGUUGUCUCCGCGCCAGAAAGUUUUGAUGAUGCUCCAGAGGCUGACAAAGUUAAUGGCAAGCCCCAACAGGUCGCUGAACCAUUCUACGUCUACUGCGAAAAAAUUGACGAGCUGUCUAAUGGAGCUACUACUAAUGGCGGAGCCACGGCGCCCAUUCUCUUCUCGUACAGAAACUUUGCACCCAAGGAUCUGGUGCUGCUAAGCUGUGCGAAAUUCCUUGUUAACGAAUUCAAGAAGGCGCCCAAAACCUGCCCUUGGAUGCGAUUUAUCGAAGAGGGUUUGCAAAACCUCAAAGAUAAUGAGUUUGACUACAGCAGGCCGCCGCCAGAAUCCGACAAAUUAAAACUGCAGGUAAGUUUUUGCUAA